CAGUUGGGUUGACCUGGUACUGCCUGGGGCUUCGGAGAAAUGCCCCGCGCUAAGUCCCCUGUAGCCUGUAAAUUGGACUAGGCAGGUAUCUGGCAGGUACUUUCUUACAGGGUCUGUCAGGUACAUGUCAGCCAUGCCGCCCUGCCCAGAUACCUAUCAGGUCCUUAGCCAGGGUACCUACCUAAGUAAGUAGCCUCCACGCUUUUCCCACGACGGGGCCAUUCCAUGUCUUCCUCGAUCGCCACCCUCGAAGAUGGCAAAGGACGGGUGAUCCCGCACUCCCUCCGACAAACCGGUUCGCCAAUCUCGCUAUGGACGAGGAAAAACAAAUCGCCUCUACCUGGCCGCCACCGCCUCCUUUCUGGAAAGCCUUUACGCCCGAGAACAUCUUGCGAAUUGAUGCUCUACGGAAAGAGGCUGCUGAGAACUCUGGCCUGCAAGAUUCAUCGAAUGCUCGUCUCACCAGCCUACCCCGUGAGCUGCGCAAUCUCCAGCCGCCGUCGGAGCCCGAGGAUGGAGAAUGGCGGGUAUUUGGCGACAAGUAUAGGUUGAAAGAUGAACUUCCACAUCUCGAAGAUGGAGAGAUUCGCCGGCUAUUCCCAGACCCUGACGAGAGGGAUCAGGAUGGCAAGCACUUCGACCGCGCCACCAUUCUCAAAAGAUUAGCCAAAUCGUUAUUGUUGAAUUUCCUCGAGCUCACUGGCUUGUUAGCUACGAGCCCUGAAGCCGCAGAGGACAAGAUCACGGACCUUCGAGAUUUAUUCAUUAAUUUCCACCACCUCAUUAACGAGUAUCGGCCGCACCAAGCACGCGAGUCCCUCAUCUCCAUGAUGCAGUCCCAACUAGACCGGACACGAGCUGAGACACACGCGAUCCGCGACGCUAAAGACAAGGCCGAACGCGUCCUCGAAGGGCUAAGUUCCCUGACAAUUGAGGACCAGUUGAACGACAGGGCGCUUGAGAAGGGAGGCGCUCAUGGCCCUGACGCCGACGUGUGGGAUUUGUUGUUGGCGUGAUAUUUGGAAUAACAAAGAGUCUUGGUACUCUAUCGAAAACUCAAGAUUUUAGCAUGAUCAUUUAAGGCGUUGGCGUACUACAUGAUAGCUAGCUAGUGAACAGCUCGGCGUACGGUAUAGGAAACAUGGGUUAUGAUACCCUCAGACUCACUUAGAAGCGAAGGCUAACAGAAGAGCCUAACAAUCGGGCUCAAGGACCCAAUAUCGCGUCCUAUUAACGUCUGCUAUCAGAAUUGUGUGCCGUGUGCAUUCCCCAACCUCUCUCGUUCCCAGGACAUUUGUAAAGCUCAGUGGAAUCUUUUGGUUCUUUUGUAAGUUCAAUGGCCGUUGAAUCGAGUCUAUCUACGAGGUCAUAUUUGAUACCGUAGAAGAGCAUUUGUAUUCACUUUUCAAGUCGGGGUUUAAUACACCAGGAUACUAGCACAUCUGAUCUGUUUUGGGUGCAUUUUGUGUGACCACGUGCUAAAACAGCUAAGUUUGGUGAUGCUUUCGAAUUCAAUGUGUCGCAUACUGCCAGAAUUGGCCAAUAUGGUGGCCGAAGAAUGGACUAUAGAGCUUAUGGGCCAUAUUCCUAUCACUCUCCCCACGUCUAUUCAGAUUAUACCAGUCUGUCUACAUCACUCGCAGUAGUCAAGCCUAUUGAUGGCUCAACAUCUCUCUCGUCAUGCUGUAGGUAGUCUGGUGUUAACGUUGCUCAUUAAAGUCAAGCAGAUCUAUAAUGACAACCUUCUGUUC